CUGCUCGGAUUGUUAUCAGCCCAUGAAUCUAUUCGUCUGAGAAGAGGGAUGAUCACGGCCUGCACAAUGAAUGACGAUCUAGAAAAAAAAUGUCUUUUGACUCCUGGAGUAAACUCUAGCUCAAACGGAGACUUCUCUUACAAUCAGUCACAUGCACCUGAAGCAGAUAUGGCUCAAUCUCCUGAACCCUGUGAUACGCCUCGUUCACCUUCUCCUUUGGCAUUCGCAGAUUGUCCUCUUAUUUACAGUGAACCGGCUCUAGUCGGUCCUCAUCAGCCAACUCCUGUGAGCUUGGGCCCAUUAUUUGCAAUCAGUGAUACGGCUUUGCCGAAGAUGGUAGGUAACCCAAAGAGAGAUAGUGGGAUUGCUUCAAGCAAUAAUGUGAACGAAAAUGAUGAUGAGAAAGCAGAUGGCACAACAACACCUAAGAGCAAUUCUAUGUACAUGUCUGAUAUGUCGUUUUGCACUGUUGUUAAUGGUCGCACUGGACACAAAGCAUCUUUCUCAACACGGGAAAUUCGUGAACAACAUGCAAGAAUGCAGCAAAAAUAUAAGGAGGAUUCGAAAAAGGAGAAGUUUUUCACUGACCCUGUUGAUUUCGAAGGUAUUUUGAAUAUAAUUGGUGGUUGCUCCUGGUGGCAAAUAUGGAUUUAUGUUCUGAUUGCCAUGCAACAAAUUCCUCAUGCCAUGUUCAAUCUGAAUGUGGUUUAUAUGAUGUAUGAUCCUGAUCACCACUGCGAAGUUCCCGGAUUUGGAUUGAAUGAUACUUCUCCAGAUUACAAAUGGGGGCUGGAAGAUGUCCAGGAUAGUCAUAUGGUUUUUCCUAGUAUGACUCUGGACAAAUAUGAGCGAGAUUCGUGUCAUUAUUAUGCUCGAUCAGCGGAACGAUACAAAGAGUUGCGAAAGCUGCCUCUCGAAGAAGCUAAGCUAGCUGCUUCACGCGAUAAUGUUUCUAGAGCUUCAUGCGAAAGAUAUACCUAUAAAUCUGAUGUAAUGCGAGAAACCAUCGUAACUGAUUGGAAUUUGGUUUGCAACGAUUACUUGAAGAAAGGACAUGCUCACCUUUUCUAUUCGUUUGGAUAUUUGGUCGGAUGCGUUCUCGGUGGACUUGCCAGCGAUAAUUUUGGACGAAAGCCUACGGUGAUUGGUUUCGGGAUACUCUCUUCUAUGUUCGGUGUCUUCCUACCGUUCACUACAUACUAUCCGAUGUUCCUGUUUAUCCGUCUAUGUAGUGCGAUCUGUAAUGAAGCUGCCGAUUUAGCUGCUUAUACAUUGUGCAUGGAGAUUACAGGAACACGCUAUAGAUCAAUGGUUGGAAGCAUGUUGCAAGUUCCAUGGGCACUAGGAUAUGCUUUAUUAGCCUUGAUUGCCUAUAUAUCUAAGAGCUGGAAAACAGUUCAGGUAAUUGCUGCUGGACUUCAUUUUGUAGCAGUUGUUCUCAUAUGCUCCCUUCCUGAAAGUCCCCGUUGGCUCAUGGUGAAGGAACGAGUAGAUGAGGCAGAAGAAGUAAUUCGUAAAGCCUGUCGUACACCUCCUUUCCCAUUCAACAUGUGCAGAAUUAACCGAGGUUCUCUGCCUUCAGACUUGGAGUUAGUGUGUCAUAGGGAAAAACGACUAGAUCCUAAUGGAAAAGUUGGAAUGUCUGAUCUCUUUAAAACUCCUGAACUGCGUUAUCGUACUAUUAUUGUGUGCAUUGUAUUCAUAGCCAACGCUUUGGUUUAUUAUGGCUUAGUUAUUGCUCUUUCUGAUCAGUCAGCCCCCGGUCGAGUUUUGUUCACUGGUAACUUUUUCUUGAAUAAUGCCAUUGCUGGUUUUAUUGAAAUUCCUACCUUGUUUGCAUGCGUAUGGCUGAUGAAGUUUGGCCGGAAACGAGCCCAGCAGAUGACACUUGUCGGUGGAGGGUUGGCGAUCAUUGUAGCUAUGCUCGCAGUGGUUUCGCAUAAUUAUAUGGUUGCGCUAUUCUUCAUGCUAUUAGGAAAGAUAUUUAUUCAGGGUGCUUUCAACAUUCUUUAUAUAUUUACAUCAGAAUUGUAUCCUACAAUCAUAAGAAAUUCUGCUGUCGGUAUGACAAGCAUGGUUGCUCGUUUUGGUUCUGGAAUUUCUUCCUAUAUCGCUCUUCUAUCCAAUAUCUCAUUGCCCAUCGUGCCAAUGAUCAUAUUCGCAAUAUUCUCACUCUUCGCUGGAAUGUUAGUUUCGGUUCUUCCGGAAACAAGUGAAAAGCCUCUGCCGGAAACAUUGGAUGACGCUGUGAAUUUCCUCCAGGCUGAGCAUAGGUCAUGCUAUGGUUGGGGCAUUCGUAAGCAAUCAGAGAGCAUAUCCAUUGCGGGAAACACUAAUGACGCUGUUACUGACUCACCAAAGCAAAGCAAUGGAAGCAGAUCAUCAAGCUUAAUUCCUAACAGCUUAAAACAAAUUCCUCGAAACGUUCCUCCUAGUCGGACAGAUAGCAGAUGCGAAUCAAUUUUUCAAGAUCUUGCUGAUCUCUCUAUACCUGAACGUUUGCCGGAAGCAUUCGCCGAAGAUUCAUAA